CAUGCCAGGGGAGUGGGUGGAGGACCCCGGCACUAGCCUCAGCGACUUCCCGGAGUCAAUCAGGUCCCGCUCCUGUAGAGGAUGGAGGUGUCUUGGGGCGCCAGUGGUCCGGAACCCGGCGACAAUCAGGCUCUAAAGCCGUGUCUGCUGCGCCGCAACCACAGCCGCGAGCAGUACGGCGUGGCGGCCUCCUGCCUCGAGGACCUGAGGAGCAAGGCCUAUGACAUCCUGGCCAUGGAUAAGUCCCUGGCACCAAUCACCUUGGUCCUGGCAGAGGAUGGCACCAUAGUGGAUGAUGACGAUUACUUCCUGUGUCUACCUUCUAAUACUAAGUUUGUGGCAUUGGCCGGUAAUGAGAAGUGGGCGUACAACAACUCAGACGGAGGUACCGCUUGGCUUUCCCAGGAGUCCGUGGAUGUGGACGAAACAGACAGCGGGGCAGAGUUGAAGUGGAGAAAUGUGGCCAGGCAGCUGAAAGAAGAUCUGUCCAGCAUCGUCCUCCUGUCAGAGGAGGACCUCCAAGUGCUCAUCGAUGUUCCCUGUGCAGACCUGGCUCAGGAGCUGGGCCAAAGCUGUGUCACAGUCCAGGGGCUCCAGAACACCCUGCAGCAGGUGCUUGACCAGAGAGAGGAAGCCCGUCAGUCCAGGCAGCUGUUGGAGCUUUACCUCCAGGCUUUGGAGAAGGAGGGCAGCAUCUUGUCGAAGCAGCAAGAGUCCCAAGCUGGCCUCGGUGACGGGGGUGAUGCCGUGGACACGGGUCUGAGCAGAGAGCCCUCCUCCGAAAUUGCCCUUUCGAGCCAGAUCCUUACCGUGCUGAAGGAGAAGCCUGCGCCAGAGCUGAGUUUGUCGAGCCAGGAUUUGGAGUUGGUCACCAAGGAAGACCCCAAGGCGCUGGCUGUUGCUCUGCACUGGGAUGUAAAGAAGACAGAAACUGUUCAACAGGCCUGUGAGCAGGAGCUGAGCCUGCGCCUGCAGCAGGUACAGAGUUUGCACUCUCUCAGGAGCAUUUCAGCACGGAGGGACUCCCUGCCCGGAGAACAGCAGAACCCCAAACGAGCCAGGCAAGAGCCCGCAUAGCUGUAGCUGCAGAUGCGCCAAAGAGAGCCGUGUGACCUCGGCUUUGUUCUCGGUAAAUCCCUUCAGCCCUUUCAGCUACCUGUGUCCUACUCUGCCCCCUGCCUUGGAGCACAGUCUCCUGGGAGAGGCUGGAAGACUGUUCCAGAUCCCAGCAUCUGCCCUUCUGCCCAUUGUGAAUGAUGUAGCUGCACCAAUAUACCCACCUCCUCUACAUGUUCUUACGUCCUGUUUGACAUGGCGAAGGGCAGUGAAAAGAAAUUGUCAUACUUCAGACUCACCAUCCUGUUCUAAAGAUAGAAAUGCAGAAUUUAAACAAAUAAUGGUAAAGAAGGUGGCACAAUAGUGUUGAUUAUGGCCACAAACUUGUUUCUCAAAUUAAUUAACUUUUUUGUGUGUCUGUUCAAAGGCACAUAUUAAGUUUGCAGGCCUUAGGGAUGCGGAGAGUCUCACGAUUUCUAAUAUCCAAGUCAGUAUUGUUGAGCUGUAUCCGAAACCCUUCUCCGUUUUCUAAUAUGUUUUAUCAGCAGGGGGGUAAGAGGUCAUUAAAUCCAUUUCCAUGCGACAUGACUGAGUCUCUCUGGGUGCAAAGCAGAGACUUCUGGUUUACAUACUUCUUUUUCUGUGCAGACUUACUCUUCAGGUUUUGUACCUCUCCUUGCAGGGAAAAGGUACUGGGUUAUCAGGGACUUUUUUUAAGCAUGCUUAGAGGAAAGUAGAAUGCUAUUACGAGAUACAUUGGCUAAUUAUUAUUUUAGGCUAAUUAUUCAAAGAAGAAAUACAACAGGAAGUCCCGGGGCCAGGGUGGGUGCAGAAAACACAUGGAAUAGAAAACCUUUUCUUCUGUGAUCUUGAAGGAAGGCUCUGCUGCACUCAGCAUCCUUUCCCUAAUGCCUCACACCCUGGGUUCUCACUUCUUAGCCCCAUUGCCUUUUUGAUAGCACAUUUUGUCAUGCCUCCUUAAUUGUCCUUAAACAAAAGCCAGGGCUGAUAACCUGCCUACAUGUGUACUUUCAAAACCACUGACAUAAUACCCCACAUGUAAUAUUUCAGAAGAAACAAAAGGGAAAUUUCCAAUAAAAUGGCAUGUAUCUCA